CCGCCGUGAUGUUGAGCGGGUGAUUUCGCGGGAAUUGCCUCUGUUUUGCUCGCGGACGACGAGUAAAAUCAGCGAUAUCUGCAAGAAUAACUCAAUAUCUGACUUGAGACGGGUACCAGCUGAAGGUCGACUCCCCCUCGUUCAAAGACCGUCAUGUUCUCGGACCUGAGCGCCCAGAAGCACGGCUCCUCUCUGCUCAGCCGCCCAGCCUCCGAGCACCAGGGGCCGGUGUUUGAGAGGCUGUCCCUGGUCUACAGUCCCUGCUCCGAGCGCUACAAGGUCGGGGAGAGGAGCUUCAGUCGCCAGUAUGCUCAUAUCUACGCAGCACGACUCAUGCAGAUGAGGCCUUUACUGUCGGAGAGAGCCGAGCAGAAGUGGGAUGUGCCCAUCAGGAAGUUGUGUGAUCUUCAGACAGGGGAGCAGUGUUGCAUUGUAGGGACCUUGUUUAAGCGUAUGGACUUGCAGCCAUCUAUUCUGAGAGAGAUCAGCGAUGAGCACAACCUGCUGCCCCAGCCGGCACGAGCCAAGUACAUCAGCGACACCGACGAGCUGAUUCUGGAGGACGAGCUGCAAAGGAUCAAACUGGAGGGCAAAAUUGACAGAGACAGAUGUGUCACAGGUAGUGUUAUUGCAAUAUAUGGAGCCGAGAGGAACGAUGGGAAGUUCACGGUUGAGGACUUUUGCAUGGCGGAUCUUCCUCUGCAGACACCGAGACCUGCGCUCAGCUCUGACAAGUUUGUGCUCCUGGCCUCGGGACUUGGUCUCGGCAGUAUCCAGGCCGACAGCAUGCUGGGGCUGCAGUUGCUGGUUGACAUGGUAACCGGUCAGCUCGGUGACCAGGGUGAGCAGAGCGGAGCAGCGACCAUUUCCAGGGUCCUACUGGCUGGAAACCUCCUGAGCCAAAGCACCCAGGACAAAGACGCAUCAACGAAGCCCAAGUAUCUCACUAAGAAGACUCAGGCUGGCACCGUGGAGGCAAUUCGUCUGCUGGAUGAGCUGCUGCUUCAGCUGGUGGCCUCACUGCCAGUGGAUGUAAUGCCGGGCCAGUAUGACCCCACCAACUACACUCUCCCACAGCAGCCUCUCCACCGCUGUAUGUUCCCGUUGUCCUCGGCGUACCCCACACUACAGCUGUCCUCCAACCCAUACGUAGCUAACAUUGAUGGAGUGAGGUUCCUGGGCACAUCGGGCCAGAAUGUCAGUGACAUUCAGAAGUACAGCAGCAUGGACAGUCACCUGGAAAUACUGGAGGAAACGCUACGACUCAGACACCUGGCCCCUACGGCACCGGAUACUCUAGGUUGUUACCCGUUUUACCAAAAAGACCCAUUCAUCUUGGAAGAGUGUCCCCAUGUUUACUUCAGUGGCAACGCUCCAACCUUUGAGUCCAAGCUCAUCAAAGGUCCUGAUGGCCUGGAAGUCCUUUUGGUUACUGUUCCAGAGUUCAGCAGCACCCAAACGGCCUGCCUGGUCAAUUUACGUACUCUUGAAUGUGAGCCGGUCAGCUUCUCUGCCUUCUCCACUGACGACGAUGAGGAAAGUGAGAUGAACAUCAGCCACUGACGGUCCAAAUCCAAACACAGUACAACAUGCUGACACUUCUCGGACACUACUGAUUUCAGACUAAUGUCUCCUGGCUACAGACUAAUCCCAUCAACACUGGGCCAAGAAUCACAGUCCUUGUCAGACUGAUGCUCUUCGCUAUCAUAAAGGUCAAUGAAUUGCUGUUAACCAGAAAUCAGUGUUCACAAAGGUGUUAAAAAAUAAUGAGAAGACAAGUGUUGUGUAUUAACAAGCAUUUAUUUGAAAAAUAACUUCUACCCCAACUGGGGAAACAUGACAGAAGAAUCUUUGACUCUCUUACCAGCCUUGAACAAAACCUUUUGUGACUGUCCAUACUGAAAAAACUAUUUCUGCCAUGGAUGAAGACAGUGUAAAUAUUUCAACUUUGGUUGUCCACAAUAAAAGAUCUUUUCAUAAAGCAAAAA